CGAGGAUCUCAUAAUUACAACCGGUGCAUCACAGGGACUGCAUUUUGUCUUAUCUACUCUGGUCGAUUUAAAUGGUAUAGUUUUCGUUGAUGAAGUAACUUAUAUGAUUGCACUUGAUGCUAUUAAACAAUUUACAACGAUCACUAUAAUACCAUUACGACUUAACAAUGAUGGUGUAAGCGUGAAGGAAUUUGAGCAAAUUUUACAGAAAAAACGUUUUCAAUCGAAUUCCAAAACCUUUUGGGCAAUGUACUAUACAAUUCCCGCCUAUCAUAAUCCGACAGGGAUUUUGUUUUCGGAAGCUAUUUGCCAAAAUCUUGCUGAGCUGGCCCAAAAAUAUGACUUCUUAAUACUCUGUGAUGACGUUUACAAUAUCCUAAAUUACACGAUAGCACGACCACCCAAACGAUUGUUUGCCUACGAUAAAGGAUCUGGAAAUAUAAUUUCGAAUGGAAGUUUCUCAAAAAUAAUUGGACCAGGCCUACGUAUGGGUUGGUUGGAGGUACCUGCACGUUUAAAACCUAUUUUGGAAAUGUCUGGUAUCUUGAAUAGUGGCGGUUGUUUUAACAAUUAUACUUCUGGUAUAUUGGCCAGCCUCUUCGAACUGAAAUUGGCGCAAGUACACAUUGAUAAAGUAUCACAUGCGUACAAAGAGCGUAUGUUAGCUACUUGCGAGGUUCUUGAACGUCAUUUACCCUCAAAUUGUAAUUGGACAAGACCAUCAGGUGGAUAUUUUAUUUGGAUUUCAUUACCCCCAUUGGCGGACGCCGCCAAAUUUUUACAAUACUGUGUGAAAGAUGAGAAAGUAUUCUUUAUACCAGGAUCGCGUUUUGCGUAUGAACCGACAGUAGCGAAAAAUUGUCUACGUUUAAGUAUCGCUUUUCACAGCAAGGAAAAAUUGGCUGACGGGGCGUUGCGUUUCUGUGCAUCAUUAAAACGUUUUCUGGAAGAAGAGCUAAAAUAAAAAGAAACUUAUAUGUUUUUUAAUAUGGCAGUGCGUAAAUAUAUUUUAUAAAGUGUCCAAUAUUGACAAUGUCAUGAUGUCUGUGCUAAAAAAGAAUAAGCGCAAAAGUUAAUUGAGUUGUGACUCUCGUAGACGGUCUAAUAUAUUUUACAAACACAAAAAAAAAAACACAUUUUUAUAUGAAA